AUGAGCAAUCCAGUGUCUUGCGUCGAGUGCCAGCGCCGCAAACAAAAGUGCAGCCGAGUCUUCCCCUGCAAUCACUGCUCGAAGAGGGGCGUGGCCCAUCUUUGCCGUUUCGUGUCGGCCAGAGGAAACGACCAAGGGCAUUCGUUUGAGAGUCAAGAAAAGCCCUCGCUGAAGCGGAAGAAUGGUCCGAUCGACGAUGUUGUCGCAAUAGAUGACUCGGGCCCUUUCGAUGCGGCUAACGAGCUCGCCGCCUUGGGCUAUAUGUCAGAUAAGCUGUCCGUUGAAGCCGUUAUCGAGCCCUGUACGACCGAGAAAGAGUCUGAAGAUCUUCGAACAGCUCUGCAAGCGGUACCCCCGAAGCCUUAUACAGAUUGCCUGGUCCACAACUUCCUCAACGGGGCCAACUAUCAGUACUUUUCCAUUUAUCCACCGCAGUUCCUCGGCCAGUAUGAAGACUGGUGGGCGAAUAGAUCCACUGGCAAGAGUGUCACCUGUGGUCUCACAUGUCUCAUUUUGAGAGUCUGUGCGUGCUCUGCGCAAUGGAUCAUGUUCGACUCCGUCCGAAGAAGACUCGAGUCGGAGCUGGGGGUGAGCCUGCAGGCUCUCACCGAACGCCUACAUACCUCCGCUACCAAGCUAAGUGCCAGUAUCCCACCAGGACGGGGCGGCUUGACCCAGGUACAGCAGUUAUUCCUCUCCGCCUUUUGGUUCAAGGCCGAGGAACAAUGGAUCGAUUCGUGGCACUCGUUGAGCUCAGCCAUCCGGGAGGCACAAGAAAUUGGUCUGCACAGAGAUGAUCUCUCUCAAGGCGUCUCGGAGUUUGACCAGGAGACCAGAAGGAGGCUCUGGAUUCUUCUCUUUACCUGGGACUGGCAAAUGUCUGCGCUGCUGUCCCGCCCGCUCAUGAUCAACUACGCGGCUUGCUCCUUCACUCCUCCCAACCUGGGCCUAGAAGCCUCUGCCCGGGAGCCGGGAUUACCUUCUCCGUACAGCCACAUCGCCUAUGAAUUUAACCUCAUCCAGGAUCUUGCCGCCAAGUUCAGCAUCGCGGCCAAGGAGCUCGGCGCCGAGAAAGCCGCCGCCAUCCAGGCCGAGGUCGAGAAGUGGAUGGAUUCCCUCCCGGCUGUCUACCAGCGACGUUCCCCGGACACGCGGUGGGACGAAAAGCAUUACUGGAUCCGCUUCCAGCGCCACCACAUCCACGUCGUGGGCUUCAUGGCGUCGCUCGGCCCCGUUAAGCAAUACCUGGUCAGCCGGCCGGGGAGCAGCGGCAGGUCGGAGCUCGAGAAGAGCCUGCUGGCCUCGGGCGUCUCGUGCUGCCUGGAGCUAUUGGAUAACUCGCGGAAGCUGUUCGAGUCGGUGACGUACGUGAGCUCAAAGUUCCACUUUGGCGUCUUCUGCGUCUUCGACACCGCCACUGUCCUGUGCUCGGCCAUCCUCCACGACAUCGACGGCGACCUGCCCGACCGCCCGGCCGCCGUGGACGCCAUCGCCGCCGCCCUCCGCAUGGUUGACAGGGUCAACAUCGAAACCGGCGGCUACGGGGCCCUCUGCCGCAUCCUCCGCAGGCUCCUAGAGAGCCUGCCCCUGACGGCGGCCGAGCGUUCCGGCCUGGGCGGCGCCGGCGAGGCCCCGAAGCGCGUCAGAACCGUGGACACAUCGUCUCCGGAAAGCGACCGGACGAGGGUCGACUCAUCACAGGGGGACGCCCCGUGGGGCGUUGACCCGGGCAUGGCCGCCGUGGGCAGGGUGCCGCCUUCUGGCGAGCCGGCACCGCUGGAUCCGGCGUUUGGCUCCCGGCAGGCGUUUCCUAACGACCUCGACGGGGGUGUCUCUUACGACCUCGACGGGGGUGUCUCUUAUGACCUGCUCAAUAUUGGAGGGAUAGGGGCGCUGUGGGACUGGGAGACUCUCGACCUUGGCACGCCGGGGCCGUUAAGUGAAGACCCUUCCAGGCCUGUUCCAAGGCUUCCUUGA